GUAGGAGGUCUCUGCAGUGGUGAAAUCACUUUUCACACUUGGGGUUAUUUAGUGUGGACGUCUAUUUGCAGCAACAAGACCUCAACAUGAGCAAGCCCCACGCCCCUCCCCAGACCGGAGCCUCAGAGCUGGAGGUGAUUUCUCAGCAGGUGGAGGAGGACAACCAGUGCGUGGCCCCUGUCCAGCUGGUCAGCUUCGCCUACAGAGACUUGCCUUUGGCCGCCCUUGACAUAUCCCUCGCUGGAUCUCAGCUCAUCUCGAACCCGGAUGAAGAAGACAACAGGGAGGGGUACGUCCCACGAAUUCACUCCGAAACAAUCCAUCAGUUUCUGUGGUUGCUUGAUAAUUUGACCACAAUCAGUAAAACAAUCUCUAGAGAUUAUUCUGUUAUUAUCAAGAACUCGUGACUGGUUUGGCUAGCCUGACAAAGCAGCUUGAGUGUGGUUAUAAGGAACGUGAAACUCGUGUUUUUGUUCUGAAACUACAUGAAACAGAACACUUUCCUUUCAUGGUUUGAAGCAUAUAAAACACCAUACCUUCUGAGGAAGGUGGAAACAAAUUAGUAGCAUGAUUAUCAAUUAAAUCUUUCUAUGAUUAAUUUGUAUACUAAAAAGCCCAAAAAUGUAAUUACAUAUUGAUUGAUGUUCCUGAUGUUCGCCACCGCAGUUAAGAAGAUACUAGGAAUAUGGUGUCUGAGACAUUGUCUCUGCUUGUUGCGUGAAAGUGCCACAUCCAUAAUUAAGGCAGAAUUGCAAUUACUACAAUCUAUAAU